UUUUCUUCUUGUUAUUGAUCGUCUGCUUACACAGCCGUACCAGCUUAAGUAAUUUUCCUCAUUUGCUCCGCUUUCAACAACAGCUCUGUUAACUUCAACAGAAUUCCACAGUCCUUAGUUCUCAUCGAACUAUCCAUACCAUAAUGGUGCUGGAUCCCAUCGUCUACAAGAGAACAUGGUACUUCGCAGCUUAUAUAUUCUGCGCCACGGCUGUCCGCAUGUGGCCUUUACUUCUUGUAAAGGAGAACCAGAUUGCCAAUAGUAAGCUGUACAUAUUGACCUUGUUGUUUCUUGCUUUGCCUCUUCUUUUACAAGGAUUUUUCUAUGGUGUCACAGUAGGCAUGAACAGAAAAUUCAAGCAAAGGCUCGAACAACUGUUCUACAACUUCUACUACCCGCUUAUAGAAGAAGUUUUACGUUUCUUGUUUGUGUUCUGGUUGUCUCGUGUUGGAGUGUUGCUGUAUAGAAGCUUAGCUUGUGCAUUUGUUAUACAAAGCACCGUCAACAAUGACAUGGAUAAUUAUUACACAUUUUUUUCCAUUCCUCGUUUUGACAAGUUGUACGACCUCUGGAUCAAUCAGGACAAGUACAAAACCAGGUUGGAAAACCUGGAAGAAGUCGAGUCUUUGCUCCAGAGCAUCUUGAAUAAUGAAGAGUAUGACAGAAACAGAAAAUCCAUCGUUUCGACAAACUCUGAUGACACCCUUGCUGAUGAACGCAAGUUGUCCAUCAAGCACUUUCCAUCUUCUUUCAACAUGAAGAAGUCACAGUCGCUGAGCAGCACGCCCAUGGCUGCAAGCAAAAGCAUCAACACCUUAAGCUCAUUGCAGAGCUCCAAAUCGCAUUCCAUAUUAGCCAAGCAGAAGUCAGCAUACGAUUUUGUAGAUAAACUAUAUUCUAUUUCUCCCAAAAACACAUACCACUUAAACACAGCUACUGCUAUUGCUGCCUUGGAGACUAACCAAGAAAACUAUGCUGCCCUCGACAACGAAGAUCCUUUAUCCAAAGUCUCGUACUGUCACGAAAAUAUUGAUGAGGAAGAUGACAACAGCUCAAUUUCUAACAAAGACACCCAUUGGGGAGGUGGCGGUGGUGGAAACUUUAAAUACAAGUUUCCUGGUGGACCCAAAAUCGAAUUUGGCGCUGGUGCUGGUUUUGAUUACAGGCAUUCGGAAGGACAUAUACCUGACGACGACGGUGGUCAACCAGAGCAACCGCAACAUCCAUCACAUCAUACACCAUCAACAUCUAAGCCAAGGACCGAACUGAGUGUAUCUACAGUUUGUCUCCCAUAUGUUCCUGGACGUUCCAAUUACACUCGAUCUCCAGUUUCCUGGUUUUCAUGGCUCGCUCCACCUUUCUUCUCUCGUGACAAUUACGAUCCUGCCCAUCUCCUGGAUGCUUCCCCAAUUUUACAGCAACGUUUGUCGACAUAUAGACUAAAUGAUGAAGAACAGUAUCCACACAGGGAUUCGGUAGACUCGAGAUUGCAACAGCCUGUCCAACAACAAUCCAGCAUAAUACACUCUAACUCAAUCGAGAGGUACUACAACUUCAUGUAUUUUGUAAACUACUAUUUUGACUUCUGUUUGAAAACCCGUCCAGAGUUGGUAGUUGAUUCGUGUUUCAAGACAUACGGUAUCUUGACUUUGGACAUGCCAUUAUUGUACUUUCUACUUGAUUGUACAGCCAGCAUUUGCUGCGAAAGCGUCUCGUUGCUCACAUUUGCUAAUUUUUUCAUGAAAUCUGGUUCUCUCACUCCUAUUUACUUUCUCGCCAGUUUGGUAAUAGUGAAUAAGUUGUUCACCAUAAACUUCUUGAAGAACCCUGAGAAUAGGUUCAAUUUCAAGUUUGUCAUAAUAAUCAAAGCACUCUUUGCCAUACUCCUCUUGCUUGCCUGGUUUGCUAUUUGUACUCCCAUAUGAGCUCGCAAUCUUAAGUUUGUAUAAUAAUCUAUAUUACAUAAUUGGAGAAACUAAUAAAUAAUGUAUCUAUCUAA